GUGUAGUCCGCUGACUGAGGGAGUGGGGAAACGAGCAGCUCCUCUCACCCCGGGACAGACAUGUUUUCGCUGUUGAGGAUAUCGUGUAGGACCGCAGCGCGGAGGGCGGUGGUACAGGGCCCCAGGCGAGAUCUGAGUGAGGGCGCGGCUGGCGGAGGAGGAGCGAGCGGCACCGGGGAUGGUGAGGGGACGGGCAGCGCCGCCGUAGCGGCCGCGACCCGCAAGCGGCUGGAGGGCCUGGUGAAGAAGGACAAGGUAGUGGUUUUUAUCAAGGGCACCCCGGCACAGCCAAUGUGCGGCUUCAGUAACGCGGUGGUCCAGAUCCUGAGGAUGCAUGGGGUGGAGGACUACGGAUCCUACAAUGUACUGGAGGACCAGGAGAUACGGCAAGGUAUUAAAAACUACUCCAACUGGCCAACAAUACCUCAGAUCUACUUUGACGGUGAAUUUGUGGGUGGUUGUGACAUUCUACUGCAGAUGCAUCAGAAUGGAGACCUUGUGGAGGAACUGAAGAAACUUGGCAUCCGCUCUGCACUUUUAGAUGUUGAGAAAGAGGACAAAAAGUAGAAUAAUCAGUCCCCAGUAUCAACUAUAUUCCUGUCCUGACUGUUGUGUUGUUGUGUGGAUGGUGAUGGCCGGUUUUAUAUUGAGUAUUACUGUGUCGCCCAACAGAUCUUGGAGAAAGCGAGCUGGAAUAGGAGCUCAUUAGAGGCUGGUGUUAAUAAAUGAAUGAUACAUGCUCCUUCAUCCUUUUGGACCCAACAAUUGUAGAUCUGGUGGACAAAACAAAAUGGUAAAGGAGUUUAAACAGCAGAUGGUACAAUAGUGAUUUUUUUAAUGCCUUGGAUUUUUAAUCAAUUAAUAAAAUGUAUUAUGUGAUUUUUCUUUUAAAA